AUGUCGAACGUUCUCCGAACGAAUUGCGCGAUCAUUGGAGAUUCCUGCGUCGGGAAAACGUCGGUGAUCAAUCCUGAAAACUCGGGCAAGAACUAUGAAAUGACUCUCGGUUGCAAAAUUUCGGUAAAAUCAGUGCGGAUACCAGACACGAAAUACAAAGUCGAUAUUUUCGUUCACGACUGCUCUGGCAAACAGCUCUACUGCGACAUUCUCGAUCGUUUGUGGAGUGACGUCACCCUGAUCAUCGUGGCUUACGACGUGACAUCGGAAGCGAGUUUCCGAUCUGUCAAGGAUUGGCACACAAGAUGCACAAAGGCUACUCAGGAGCAUCCCACAUUCGGUGUACUGCUAGCAUGUAAAACAGAUUUGUCCAAUCGCCGAACGGUCACGCUCGCGCAAGGAGAGUCCUUGGCCAAAGAGCUGGGUUUGCAGUAUUUCGAGUGCUCUGCUCGAGAUGGUAGCAACCUGGACGCAAGCUUUUUCUAUCUGGCGCACGAAUGGUACAAGCUCUACAUGGAGAAGGUGGAGUCAUUCAGCAACGCCCAGCUCUAAGAUUCGAAUAAAGCAAG